CUUCACUCCCAGCGUAGUCAGUACCACGUGACCUGUGAUCUGUGGUUUUAAUUACCGACUGGCUUUAAGUGAGCUACAUCCUAUAUUUUUUUUAAUACUUUUUACAUAAAAAGCCCCAGUAAUAUGGAAAAAGAAAAUAUCUCCUUUUUAUCAAUUUGGAUAAUUUUGGCGAAAGUCUUUGCAACUUUUUCUUCUAACACUGAAGCCGCCACCACCACCGUGUUUGUAAACUCCACAGUCACUGCCAGCCCUCUGCUGACCACUACUGAAUGGAUCACAGACUACACUGAUAUUGUGUCCAAGUUCUCCCUGCGCACAGCAGACAUCCCAGAUGAUGACAUGUGCUACAUCGUGCCUGGCAGCCCAGAAACCAUCAAAGAGUGUGAAUUCAAUUCUGAAACUCAGACCUUCCUUGUGAUACAUGGCUGGUCGGUAACGGGGAUGUUUGAGAGCUGGGUGCACAAGCUGGUGUCCGCUCUGUACGAGCGUGAGCCCAGCGCCAAUGUGAUUGUGGUGGACUGGCUGACCCGUGCCAGCGAGCACUACCCGACCUCUGCAGCCUACACCAAACUAGUGGGCCGUGACAUUGCCAAGUUUGUUACCUGGAUACAAAAAGAGCUGCAGUUGCCGUGGGAGAGGAUUCAUCUGCUGGGUUACAGUCUGGGAGCACAUGUUGCUGGAGUUGCUGGGGACCUCACCGACCAUAAGAUCAGCAGGAUCACAGGUCUUGAUCCUGCUGGUCCCACCUUCGAGCAUGCAGAUGACCAGAGCACCCUGUCCCGAGACGACGCCCAGUUUGUAGACGUCUUGCACACCAACACCAGGGGCUCCCCAGAUCGCAGCAUCGGCAUCCAAAGGCCGGUGGGCCACAUUGACAUUUACCCCAAUGGAGGGACUUUCCAGCCAGGCUGCGAUAUUCAGAAUACUUUAAUGGGGAUUGCAAUGGGAGGGAUCAAGGCUCUCCAAAAUAUGGACCAGCUUGUCAAAUGUUCCCACGAGCGCUCUAUCCACCUGUUCAUUGACUCUCUGCUGAACACCCAGCAGCAGAGCCUGGCCUACCGCUGCAACUCCAAAGAUGCCUUUAACAAGGGCCUGUGCUUGAGCUGCAGGAAGAACCGUUGCAACAAGCUGGGCUACAAUAUCAACAAGGUCCGUAUGACCCGCAGCGCCAAGAUGUAUCUCAAGACCCGUGAAAUGAUGCCGUACAAAGUUUUCCAUUACCAAGUGAAGGUGCAUUUCUUCAGCAGGGAUCAGCUGAGUUUCACAGAGCAGCCAAUGAAGAUUUCCCUGUAUGGAACCAAUGGAGAGAAGGAGGGCAUUUCCUUCGUCCUGCCAGUCCUCAAUGGUAACAGCACUUUGUCCUUCCUCAUUACAUCUGACGUUGACAUCGGAGACCUGAUGAUUGUUAAGCUGCGCUGGGAGAAGGACUCAAUCAUCAGCUGGCCCAACUGGUGGGGCAGGAGCCAGUUCCACAUCCGAAAACUGCGCAUCAAGUCUGGAGAGACUCAGUCCAAGGUGGUCUUUGGUGCAAAAGAUGGAGAAUUUGCCUACCUUGUCAGGGGAGGAGAAGAUGCAGUCUUUGUCAAGUCAAAGGAAGACACCAGUAGCCGUAAAGGGAAGCUGAUGCACAAACUGAAAAUGCAGGGCAGCCUUUUUGGGCAGAAUGAUGCUUGAAGUUGCACUUGAACACACACGCCCACAUCAUGCACAUCAUCCAUCUCUACAUUACAUAUCCAAAGAUGGACAGUACACAGCAACACUGGCAAAGCCUUUGCAAGUAACUGGACAUAUGCUGACUGCUGCAUUUUCCUGACCUUUCUCUUUGUUUCCUCAACUCCCAGUGCAACCAGCAGAACCUUGUUCAUGCUGCUGGAAGUCAGUCAGCUCACAAGCUCUCUCUGCUGCUGAAAAAUGUUACAGGUUUCUCUGUGAUGAUGUGCAAAUUCACACUUUCAGUAGGUUUUGCUCCAUAACUUUGUAAUCAUUUGCUUUUGUGGCCUAUAUGUACUGUUGAUACUGACUUCAAUGUAUUUUAAACCCCCUGA